AUGUCCUUUACUAGUGCAAAAGUGCUUUCCACGACGCCAUUGUCCAACGACGAGUCGCGAUGGAUCUCCCUGAAUAAAAUCACCUACCAGGACCCCAAAGGCAUCGAACGCGUCUGGGAAACCGCCGAGCGCCGCACCCGCCCCGCCGGCGCCGACAUCGACGGCGUGGGCAUCGUCGCCAUCCUCGACAAGCCCACGGGCAAGGAGAUUAUCCUGCAGAAGCAGUACCGCCCGCCCGUCGACAAGGUUGUCAUCGAGGUCCCCGCCGGCCUGAUUGACGCGGGCGAGACCGCCGAGCAGGCCGCCGUGCGCGAGCUCAAGGAGGAGACGGGCUACGUGGGCGAGGUGACUGAGACAACUCCCAUCAUGUAUAACGACCCUGGGUUUUGCAACACGAAUCUGCGCAUGGUGCACGUCACGAUCGAUAUGGCGCUGCCGGAGAAUCAGGACUUGAAGCCGGAGCUGGAGGAGAACGAGUUUAUUGAGGUGUUUACCGUGCCGUUGGCGAACUUGUGGGAGGAGUGCAAGAAGCUGGAGGCAGAGGGCUAUGCAAUCGACGCGCGGGUGGGCACAUUCGCCGAGGGUAUUCUGCUGGCGCAGAGAUUGAAGCUAUGA